AUGUUUCCCGGAUCGCCAACAGAUGAGAACCGUGGGCCCAGCUUACUCAUUGCUGAAUGGCUUACCCUGGCUUUGGCGCUUAUUGCCGUCGGCUUGAGACUUCAUGGCCGAUGUAUCUCGCUGAAUAUUCCGGGGUGGGACGACCAUACGAUACUGGCGGCCACGGUCUUUGGAGUUGCACAGGCCAUCAUCAGCGUCAUCCAAGUUGACAAUCGGUUUGGGCAUCAUGCAGCGACUCUGACUCCUCAUCAAAUCUCAGCAACCAUCAUGUGGACGACGAUCAACGGAAUGCUUCAGAUUCUCGGGACACUGCUUGUUCGACUUUCUUCGUGUCUCCUGGUUCUCCGAAUGCCACCGGUUGGACACACGAAACAGCCGCACGCUCGAGCAAUCUAUAUGCUCAUGGCCUUCUUCCUUAUCAUCUCGACCGCUUCAUUUUUCGUCUUGUGCUUCCAGUGCAUGCCAAUUCAGGGUCUGUGGGAUGAAUCUCUUCAUGCUCGCUGCAUCCCGAAGGAAACACGGGGCAUGAUUCAAAAAGUCUUCGGUAUCUUCGAUAUCGUCAUCAAUUUCCUGACUGCCAGUCUCCCCUUGAUCUUCUUACUCAACCUCCAAACUCGUUUGAGGGAGAAGUGGGGAGUCCUGACGAUCGCCUUUUUAGCCUAUGGCACUGCCGGCGCUUCUAUUUGCAGAGUGUAUUGUGAGACAGGCGGUAACGAUCCAAGCUGGGGUUUGGCUUGCGUUGAGAUUUGCUUGAGCGUCGAACAGAACAUCGGCACCGUCAUUACCUCAAUACCGACCUUGGGCGAUCCGUUUCUCAUCUUUCUAGAUCACACCCGCACUUCUUUCCUGGGCAGGUAUCUCUGGCCGAACCCACCGCUUCCCUCCUGCUGGGGGGAUUCGCAAAGCGAUGACAUUCACCUGCAAAAUGUUCCCAGCUUCCCAGACGGGCAAUUUGACCCUGAAUGUGACGCGGCAAGUGAGGAUGCCAACUUCUGGCACGCCGUGGACUCACAGAUGGGAGGGUUGAGCUUCGAUGCGUGCGCUCGACCGCAGAAAGCGUAUUGUCCAAGCAAGCGGAGCUCGCGACAAUCUAGCAAGACUCGCUCUCGUUGGGGCAGCAGACCUACCUCUCGGUGGGGUAGCCGAUCGAGCAGUCCGAACCCCAAGAAACAACACUCGACCACCUCGAAGGAAACUCCUCCUAAAUCGCCCUUCCCCAAAAGCAAUUCCCCGGAAUCAACCACGCCGACUUCCACUCCUCCCAAAUCCACCACUCCGAUUUCCACUCCUCCCAAAUCCAAUACUGCCAGGUCCAGCAAAACCAAUUCCCGAAUGUACUCUCGCGGGCCCAGCGUCGACAGAUCGCCCGGGAGUUCGGACAGGAGAAGCUUUCGGAGCCGGAUAUCCCGGACAUCCUCGUGGAUAAGAUGGAGCUGGAGGGCAGGCGAUGACCCGGGGUAUGACGAGGGUGAUGGACCUUGA